UCAACCUGCCAUCAAAAAAAAAGUUUAUUGUAAAGUAAAAAGUUGUGUUUAUUAAUUAUCAAUUCACAAAAAAAAAUUGUUCACCUUGAAUUUGUUGAAUUCAUUAUCACUAAACCUAAUUACAAAUGGGUAUCGUAAUUUUAAACAGGAAUUUCUGUACGAAAUUGGUUGGUCGUUAUAAUUGUUACAAUCGUUCAUUAUUAAUUAAUCAACAGCAACGUAAAAUGUCAUCAUCUAUAUCUGCCGAUGAAGUUUUAUUUGAAACAAAAGGUGAUAAAGCUUUAAUUACAUUGAAUCGACCAAAAGCAUUAAAUUCGCUUAGUUUGAAUAUGGUACGAUUAAUUUAUCCACAAUUGGUUAAAUGGGAUUCUGAUCCAAAAAUUCGUUUGAUAAUCAUUAAAAGUAACAUGGAAAAAGCCUUCUGUGCUGGCGGUGAUGUUCGUGAAAUCGCUGAAAAAGGCCCAAAUUCUGAACUAAGCCGUGAUUUUUUUCGUGAAGAAUAUACAUUGAAUCAUAAGAUCAGUGUACUUGGUGUACCUUAUAUUGCCUUGAUCAAUGGAAUUUGUAUGGGUGGUGGUGUUGGCGUAUCUAUACAUGGACCAUUCCGAGUUGCAACGGAGAAUACGAUUGUAGCAAUGCCUGAAACACAAAUCGGUUUCUUUUGUGAUGUUGGUGGAUCAUAUUUUCUACCUAGAAUAUCAGGUAAACUUGGUAUUUACCUUGGCCUUACUGGUCGUCGACUUAAAGGUCUUGACAUACAAAAAGCUGGCCUGGCCACACAUUUUUUACCGAGUUCUCAUCUAUCGGCAUUGGAAAACGAUCUGGUUAGGAUCGAGGAUGCAAAUGCUGCCAAAAUUAGUCAUCUACUUUCAAAAUAUCAAGAACAAUGGAAAGAUGAAUAUAAACAGGAAUUUUCACUGAAACCUUAUAUUGGUCGUAUCAAUUUAGCAUUUGAUGCCGAUUCAGUUGAACAAAUUGUUCAAAAUCUUGAAAAAGAUGGCUCUGCUUGGGCGAAAGAGGUACUUGAAGAUCUAGACAAAGCAUCACCAUUAAGUUUAAAAGUGACAUUCGAACUUUUAAAACGUGGAAAAUCAUUGAGCUUACCAGAUUGUUUGACAAUGGAAUAUCGAGUAGCACAGAAUAUUCUAAAACAUAAAGAUUUCUAUACAGGAAUUCGUGCACGUUUGAUUGAAAAAACAAAUAAACCAGAAUGGGAUCCAAAAACAUUGGCCGAAGUGACUAACCAAACAGUGCAAUCAAUAUUUGGUCCGAUUGAUGGCGGUGUAAAAGAUUUAGAGCUUUAAACAAAAACCUGACAAACAAACCGACAAUGGUGAAAUAUGGUAUUCACCUUUGGUAGAAA